CCUUUCAGAGCGUCAGCGACACAUCUUCGGCUGAAUAAAAGGUGUCCGCCAAGAUGUUGCCGGAGAAGAUGCUGUUCCACGUGAUGCUGCUCUUCUGCAUGGUUGUGGUGGCCACCGAGGGCAAGAAGAAGAAGAAGACCCGCAAGAACGCCGAAGAGCCUGAGACCGCGCCUCUUAUUGAGGCUGGCUUCAACAUGUGCGACAUCCAGACACCAGAGGUCAUCUACUGCUACUGUGACAUCCUCGACAUGGACCAGGCUGAAGAGGGCAACUGCUGGAUCUUCAAUGACAUGUCCAAGAACGAAUACAUCUGGGAAGGUUUUGUAUCUCAGACCAAGAUCAAGAGACUGACGCUGCACCUGCGACCGGACGGCACCCUCAAGACUAUCCCCACUGUAGCCAUCCAGCACCUACCGGGGAUUGAAAUGUUCGAGGUACAGUACGCCACCAUCAGCACUGUCCACGCCUUCAGCUUCGGGAACUCCUCUUCCCUGUCCAAGGUGUCUCUGUCCAGGAACUCCAUCUUCACGCUAGCCCGCAACGCCUUCACGCACCUGUCUUCCCUGGACACGCUCUCCCUGGGGGAGAAUCACAUCACCGAGGUCAACCGCCACGUUUUCGUGGACCUGCCGAAGCUCACUAAGCUCUACAUCGACCGCAACAACAUCACCACCGUCCACGAGCGAGCCUUCCAGGGCUUACACAGCCUCAUCGAGCUUGAGCUCUUUUCCAACCAGAUUCAGGUGAUCACUCCUGAUACUUUUAAGGGCCUACGGUCACUGGAACGCCUCGACCUUCACAAGAAUCGCAUUGAAGUUAUCGGUGACAAGACCUUCCGAGACCUGCAAGCGUUACGGGUUCUGGACCUGCAGGAGAACUCUCUAAAGUACAUUGCUCCUAAGGGCUUCCUUGGACUUGACCAGCUGCAGCAGCUCAACCUCCAGGACAACAAGCUGCUGUCGCUGGGUCCAGAGGUUUUCAAAAUGGCUUCAAAAAUCCACCACCUGGAUAUUCGCGCGAAUGUGUUGGAGACCCUCACUCUUGAGAGCGUCCAGCCCCUCAUGGACAACCUUAACAACGACACCAUGCUGUUCUUCAUCGAAGGUAAGUACACAAACACUUCCAAACCUUAUGAACAGCCUCAACAACGACACCAUGCUGUUCUUCAUCGAAGGAAACGGACGCGAAUGGUUCUAGCAGACAACCCUGAGGCAUCGUCUGGAGAACUUGUGCACACGAAGGCCGGAGUGAAGCCGUCCGUGUGA